AUGUUGAAAAACUUGAAUAGACCUGUGUUAUUUUUAAAUGUUGUAUAUGCAGUGGCUGUAAUAUAUUUGGUAAAUAAAUAUAGGAAAAAAAUUCGUUUAUUAGAUAUAUUAUAUAAUUUAAAGAAUUGGCUAUUUAGUACUCCUUUUAUAUUUUCUAGAAAAUAUAAAAAAGUAAAAUUGCCUAUUUUAGAUAAAAAUGUAGUUAUAAAUAUUAGUGAUGAAGAAUUAGAAGAAAAAUUUAUUCAGACAUGCAAGGCUGUUAAAUUAUACAAAAAUAAAUUGAAAUUUGAAGAAUGGAUAUAUUUAUAUGGGUUAUAUAAACAAAUUAUAAUGGGUAAUAUAAAAUUAAAUAAUGAUGAAGGUGAAUGUAAUAAUAAUAAUGAAAAUAAUAAUAAUCAAAUAAAUGAGUCAAAAUUAAAUAAAAAUGAUUAUAUAGAAAAUGAAAAAAUAAAUUCGUGGAAAAAUUGUUAUAAUAUAAAUAAAAAGGUUUGUAAAUUUUUAUAUGUAGAAUUUUUUAACAAGUUAUUUCCAAAUGCUAUUGAAAAUUUAAACAAUAAUUUAUCGUUUGAAUUUUCAAAGAGUGUAAGUAAAAUGAAGUCAUUAAAAGAAAAUAACUAUAAUAAAGAAAAUGCUGAUGAUUCUAAUAAUAGCUUAUGUGAUAUAUUAUGUGAAAAUGUUGUAUCUGCAAAUAUAGAAUAUGUAAAAAAAACAUUAGAUAGUUAUCCUUAUUUAACAAGUCAAAAAAAUUCAGAUGGUCUAACUGCUUUACAUUAUGCUUGUGAUAGGGGGCAUUUAGAAAUUGCUAAACUUUUAGUAGAGAAAGGUGCCGACAUAAAUAUAGAAGAUUCUUAUGGUGAUACGGCAUUGCAUAUUGCUGCUUAUUCAGAUAAAACGGAAAUAAUUAAUUAUUUAAUAAGUAUUGGUGCUGAUAUAAAUAAAAAAAAUUCUGAUGGUUUGACAGUUGAUUCUAUAUUAAAUCAAAAAUAA